AUGGACAGUGGCACCUCAUCAACUUCACAGCCGCUGCCGCCGCCGCGAAUGAGCCCGUCGUACGCGGUACACCGUGUGCUACCUCGCAUGGUGCACCCGCAGUUCACCAACAAUUCGCACAUCUUGCUCCCGCAGCACGGCACAUCGAAAUCGGGUUCUCCGGCUCACGCGUACCGUCCUUGCGACUGCUCGCUGUCGGCCCAUACCUCGCAACCCCGCUCACCGCCUCUGCCACCCCUCAGCAACACCGUAGGUGUGGCGGCGCCCCCUUGCGAACCGUCAAUAGCUGCUGCCACAAUGGUCGUGCAUCCCAUGCGGGCAAAAGGAAGCGGCAAUGAAGUCACCUCGCCGCGGCUCUCACAGAAGCCUCGUCGACCACUACCCCACCAGACUGCUUCUCUGAGCCCACGGGACUUUGUAGCUUCGCCGUCUGGCGCUCAGCUGCCGACAGAGCUCACAGAAGCAGAAUCGCCCAAGCAACCUCCCGAGGCGCUCAGCGCGAAGCCCGACGCGGUGUUCGACUGCGCCGCCGUUGCCGUGGUGCCGUCGACGUCGAGCUCAUUCUCUUCGCAGCUGGAGGAGGGCAGCGGGCAGCUGUUCGGCGCAGCGAUGCAGCAGCGGAAGCCGCACACACUGCUGACGUCAGCCCUUGCGCUCGCCAAUCUGCAUGACGGCGACGACAGGAGGAAUGUAAGCGGGGCCUUUGCGCCGUGUCUUAUGCCGGUGUUUUCGCCAUCACACCAACAUCCACGCCACCAACACCACCGUCGACCUUCCGCAGUAGCAUUUCCCAAGGCGGCGACGCUGGUGAUGAGCGGCGAGUAUGGUACGCGAGACUUUCAGCGCGGGGCAUGGGUGUUCUUGCUUGCCCGCCAGGAGCGCCUAGCGCGCGAGCUACUGGAGGCUGAGGAAACGAGCGAGGCGCUGCGGUGUUUGCCGGCGUCAUGUGCGGCGUGGUGCACCUACUACCGCCCUACCUUGGGCAGCGCCGAACGCGGUGCGGUCCACCUGACUAGCAGCACAGACGUGGACAUAUCCCUGUCUUCAGGCGUGUCCACCGCCUUGACAGCGCUGUUCGCCCCGUCCACCGUGAUGCUGUCUGAUACGGGCGACGUGGCUGCUUCCUGUGAGGCGACUGCUGAUGCGUCUCUUUCCCGCUGUCGUCUUGCGGACAAGGCGGAAGGGCAGCGGAAAGGCGCGAAAACACCCACGCCACCACCACACCCGGCGCUCGCGGUGGCUGUCUACCGGCUCGAACUCCUGGAGAGCAUCCUUCGCGAUGAAAUCAGAACAGAGGAGGACGAAGCAUUUCACAUCUACCUUGAAAAGUCGUUCAGGUACGAGCAUCGACUGCUCACCGUUGGUACCUUGCCGCUUGAGCGGUUCCUGCGCAGCUGGAUCGCCAUUCGCCGUGCGCGAAGGCUGCGCCACGCCCUCCAGCGGGGGAAGGUGGGGGACAUGGAGCAAAAGGCCCGUACGGCGCUACAUGCGACGAGCCAGACACUGCAGCGGCGCUCUCAGCUGAUGGUGGCGGCCCUUGUCGAGCAAGAGCACUACUACCGCUGCUCUUUAGAGCUUCUCUACACGCAGGAUGCGGCGUGGACUGGGGUGGUGCUGCUGCGCUUGCAGGAGCAGGUCGAGUGCUUCCCACUUGCGUUCGGCGCCGUCAUGAGUAGAGCGCGCGUAUGUGGGCGAAUGCAAGGAGCGACGCUGUUCUCCAACCUUGCGCUGGCCGAGCAGGCAAUUCGCGAAAUGAUCAGCGCUGAGGAAGCGCGGCAACGUGCUGCAUUCCCAACCGAGCUUGAAAUGCGCAUAGUGAGCCACGUGCGAGAGCCACAGGCACGCAAGAAACUGGUCGAUCGCGAAGCCGCCGAGCGCGCCGUGGUGCAUCAAGUGGUUGGCGCGCUGCAAACUCACUACAGCCUCCGGGAGGUGGAGAUCGAGGAGGGCAUCGAGCGUCAAUACUGGCGGAAGCAGCUGAUGCAAAUCGGCAUCGAUUCUGUCGUCGCGAGCGCAACGCCGCGGCCCCUGCGUCGUGAUGUGGUCGCAGCCAAAGUGGAGCUGUGA